AAACAUAUAUAAUUACCCGAUAGCAACGAAUAUUGUUGUUCAAAAUACAAUUAUGUGUUCAAAUAUGACACUAUUAUUGGUUUAAAAGUAUUCUUAUAUAAAAACUUAUAAAACCGAACACUAAGGGACCUAUGAGGUGACAACGAUCUUGGGUAUACAUUGUGUAUGUUGAAGUGGAUGAGGUUCAACAGGAAAGAAGACUUCAUUGUAUGGGUAUAGUGAAUGUAGAAGUAAGACGCUUCACCGGUAGUAAAUACGCGUAUACCAUUCACGCUUAUGAUAUCCGAAGCUUGACAGACUUGAAUGAAACUGGAUCUUUAAAGCUUUCAAAAUCCUAAAAGUUGAGUGCACAGUUUUUGUGUCAGGAGGUUUUAGUUGGAGGAGACGUAUUUAUAGAUGAUAAAUCAUUGAAGUGUGGCAUGAGGUUUCUAGCUGGAGGCACGUGUUGUUGAAAGGAUUAUGACCCCUUCUGUAGUCAUGUGUCCCGAGUUUCCAGUAUGGGAUUGUCGGCAAAAAAGAUAGCUGGUGGUUGUGAAGGUACUUGUUUAAUCGGACUUUUGAUCUCUGCGACGCUUAUUUAUGCACUCAAUCUUAAGUUUUACCAUUCAAUUUCAAAAAUACACGGGAACAUGCAGAAUCUAUCAGAUAUAAUACAACAAACUUUAAGUCAGACACUUUCACAAAGAGUUAUAUGGAAGGAACUAAUUCAUGACAGAAAUUCAAACAAUACAUUAGAACAUAACAUGAAUCCCAACAUUACAUUAGACCAUGACAGAAAUUCCAAGAAUACAUUGGGAAGUUGUUCCUGGCCACCUAAAUAUUUACAUGGAAGAGAAAAGUUAAAUAGAACUGUUUUUGAUUUAGAAGACCUAAAUCAAGUUUUCACAUUUAUGAAAGAUGGACAUUAUAAACCGACAAACUGCACACCCAAGCAGAGUGUUGCAAUUAUUGUACCCUAUAGGGACAGAGAACCACAGAUGAAAAUUUUCUUAAAUAAUGUUAUUCCUAGGAUAUACAGACAACAGUUAGAAUUUGGUAUUUACAUUGUAGAGCAAACAUCUGGUGUUCCCUUUAACAGAGGUAUGCUGUCAAAUAUUGGAUUUAAAGAGGCCAUGUUAGAUAUGAAAUAUGACUGUAUAGUUAUACACGACCUAGACAUUUUACCUGAAGACGAUAGAAAUUUUUAUACUUGUGACGUCAACCCUAUACAUAUGGCAGUCAAAGUUGAGCAAUUCAAAUACAAUUUGCCAUACGAAGGGUUUGCCGGAGGAGUGACUACAUUUUCAAAACUCCAAUAUGAGAAAAUAAACGGAUUUUCUAACCAGUAUUUUGGAUGGGGAGGCGAGGACGACGAUUUGUUUACAAGAAUGAAGAAAAAUAACUACAGUUUAAUUCGACCUUUUGAAGAGUUUGGGCACUGUGGCAGUGUCAAACAUCAGCAAGCUAAUAAGAAAAAUGACAGGUUAAAAAUACUGAAGUAUGCACAUAAAAUAUGGCAGAAAGACGGUCUAAACAACUUACAGUACAACUUACUGAUUAAAAGAUUGAAACCGUUAUAUGUAUGGAUAUACGUAAAUAUAGAUAUGGUGAACGUUCGAAAGAGCCUUGAUUUGAAGUUAAACAAAUGAGCAAAGUUUCUUCAAGUUCCAAUGAAUUGAAGUUUUCACAUCGGAUGGCAACACUAGCAAAGAAAGAGAAAAACACAGCAACAGACUUGCGAUAUGAAUGCUAAUUUUAAAAGUAACUACUUUUUUAUUUUUUAUACGAUCAAAGGCGAUGUCUGCCAUUAAGUCGUACACAUUUUAACUACAGUUGUGUGUCUAUUCAGUCAGUAUAUUAAAUUUGAAAAUAAAAUGUUUUUCUACCAUUUUAA